GCUCUUCUACCCUUAACGGAACCCUUGAAAAUGGCACUUCAGUGGCACACGAGGCAACCCCUCAUCGUCUUUCUCUCGCUCCGUAGCUUAACAAGGGGAUUAAUUAAUAAUACCUUUCGGGGAUAAUUUGCGAGUCUCGUCUCGCAUCAACGUUGUCAUUGUUUCCAGUUGAUGUCUCUUUCUCUCUUCUUCCUUCUCUUUAGUUUCCACCGACUCGACUCUUUACGCGACGCGUCAAAAAAUCAAGCAAACGUCACUUUUUACAAACACAAAUUCAUGCCUCUUCGAAAAGCUUCGGGUCUGAGGAAAAAGACGAAAGGGAAGCAUCGUUAAACGGUGCCACUUUACAACGGAGAGUUACGCGUUUAAGGGCUUUAAUUUGUGGCCCGAGACUUUUAUACUUUGAAUUCGAGAUCUUUGAAAAAGAAAGCUAGAUAUAGAUAGAGAAAGAGAGAGAGAGAGAGAGAGAGGGAGAGAGAGAGAGAGAGAGAAAGAGAAAAAGAAAGAGAGCUUUUUUCGUUAGUUUUUUUUUUCGAACCACGCUAAUUGGAAUUAACCUUCGUGAUUCUUUUUCCCUUCGCCUCAACGAUACUUUGAGGAACUUUUCUUUGAAAAGGCGGCAAAAAUUCGAAGAACUCUUUCGAGGUUCGAUAUUCGUAUGAUUCGUUUUUCUUUAAAAAUAGUCCUUCUCCAAUGGCCUCAAAUCGAUCUCGGCGAUCGAUAAUUCAACGCAUAGCGUGUUAGGUAUUUCUUUUAUCCACUGAAUGUAGGUAAGCGAAGGAAGCGCGGUAUGUCAGUGAAAAGACCAUCCUUUACGACGGCAAUCGCGCGCGAAAUGGAUUCUAUCGUAUCACGACGAACAUUCUACACGUUCAAUUUAACGUUGUGCCCUCGAAGAAAUAUAUACCAGAAUAGAUAGAUAGAUAGAUAGAUAGAUAAGAGAGAAAGGGAGAGAGAGAGAGAGAGAGAGAGAGAGAGAGAGAGAGAGAGAGAGAGAGAGAGAGAGAGAGAGAAAGAAACCAAAUAAUUUUCCAUGGCUCUUCAUUCGAUACAUCGUUAUACUGGCAAAGCGAAUAAAAGAAUCGAUAGCUAUUCGAAAUUCCUUCGAGCGCUGAGAAAUUAGUUGGUAAUUAGUGAAUUGCGAUUAGAUUUUUCGAUUAAAACGAGUAAUCGAACGAUCGUCCAAAAUUACGUAUUUACAGUGAACCGUAACGCAGUCGACAGGAUUAUUUUGGAGAAUGGAACGAAAAUCGAAAAUAGAUUGGAGUAUCUUCGUCGAGACGAAAACAAUGGGGAUAUUCACGGUGACAAUAUUAUUGUAUCUAAUUCGUGUACUGUAGUGUGUUUUUGUACGAUCGAAAACAUUGAGAGAACACCUAGGAUUGUUUACAAGACAAGAUUGUUUACCGACAAAAGCUUUGUAGUAACUUUGUUACUAGGUUACAAGAACUGUUCCGUUCAGACUCUCUACGAAUGCGCACGAAGAUACAUAUCCAUGGAGAUUCAACGACGAUGCUUUUGAAAUACGCAUAAAGUUAAAAAUGUUAACAAGUUUCGCGAUGGAUCGAAAGAAAGAGGAAAAGGGAAGACGAAAUUAUGUUCACGAAUGUAGCGUCUUCGAAGCACGUGCUUCGAUAUUAUUACACAAUUUCGCGUUUCUCGUGCGAGGAUAGAAGAGGAGAAGAAAAAGAAGGGGUAGAAGGUAUUACCGUGGGACAUUAUCGAAGUUCCUUUUAAACGAGUCGUGUGCGUAAACGUGCGUGCGUGUAUGUACAAGGCUGGAACGAAAAGUAUGCGGCACCGUGCAAGAUGAAGGGGCCAAGAAUCAGUGGCCUACCGAGUAAGAAAAAGUUGGACUCUUGCCAAAAGGCACGUCAGGAGUGUUGGCGAGUGUUGCUUACGUACUUGAGCUUCUGUGCGUUGCUGCCCGGCACCAUUCUUUCAGAACCUGCUCAUAUACGCGAAGUGUCCAAAGGAAAUUCUCGUCGGAACGUCAACGAUGCUACUAACGAUUCCGUCGGCACGGAUUUGCCCAUUUUCGAGCCGACUGCUCCAAAUGUUACGGGUUUCGUUGGGCAAACGGUGUAUCUACCAUGUCGAGUGCGAAAAUUGGCCGACAAAGUGGUAUCUUGGAUGAGGAUCAGGGAUCUUCAUAUACUUACGGCAGGCACGGUGGCCUUCAGUAGCGAUGCUAGAUUCCAUCCCCAACAUACUCCUGGAAGUGACGCUUGGACCCUUAGGCUAGAUAAUGUUAAAAAAACGGAUUCCGGCAUAUACGAAUGUCAAGUAAAUACAGAGCCGAAAAUUAUGUACGCCAUUCGAUUAUCUGUCAGAGAGCCCGAUAAACCAGAGGGUUACGACGAACCGCAUUCUCAACAAACACGCAUAAGUUACGAAAGUACGGCACCCGUGGCGGCCAUAAUGGGUCCUCGGGAGCAAAGGGUGCCAUCGGGGUCGACGAUCACCCUAAGAUGCGUCAUAUCGUCUCCAUAUCAGACUCGUCCCAUCAGGGGUGUACAAUGGCUUCAGGAUAACAAACUCCUAACAUUCCAGGCAGCUCGCGGUGGUAUAAACGUGGAAACGGAAAAAGGCGCAGCACAAACGGUUUCUGAAUUGACUUUGGCUGCUGUCACGGAAGAUGAUACAGGAAGAUAUUCAUGCAGACCAGCGGAAGGACGAUUAGAUACUGUGAUGUUGAUCGUCGAACCAGGAGAACGUACGGAAGCCAUGCAACGUGACGCCGGAUACAUCUCUUCCGGAAAUGACGUCAACCACUGGUCCGGGCUUUUAUUUCCGUUAUCAUGGUUUUUAAUAUUAGCGUGAAUGAAACAGCCGAUUUUUUAUCGCAAUAGUCCGAAACUCAAAGUAUUCUCUAUUCAUAAUAUCUCUUUCUAUUACUUUAAAAAUUUUUUAUAUUUUCACGUAAGUAGUACCUAAAAAACAAAAAGACUAAGAAAGCUUACAUCUUAUGAGAAAGGGAGAGUAGAGGUGCGUUUUGAUAAGUUUCAUAAGAUUAUUGCUAUUUUUUUUCUUUUUUUUUUUUUUUUUUUUUUUUUUUGUGAGGAACACAAAGAAAAUGAGAGCGUCUUGUCGUUCGCGUUUAAGUUAGUAAUUUAUACACGAUCCUUUUUCUUUACAGCGAAGCAUACACUUUUUGUGCUAACUUAUUACCUACGAAGGUAAUAUCAUUUUUUUCUUUGCACAUUUUACGACGUUAAACACAUGGAAACAUGCGAGAAAAUAUUUAGAUAUGCACAUGCACACGUAUAUUAUUCGACCAUUUAACUUCUCGUUCGUUUCUCGUUAAUCGGACCUACUUUAAUUAUUUCCGCUUAGAUACGUAUUAUCAUUAAUUUAGUUAGCCGUUUAAGAGUCUACUUUUUAAAGUUCAAAAGAAACUUCGAUCGAUCAAUGAUCGAAAACUCAGGCAUUUCAUUGAAGAAAUAGAGUACGGAUUUUUUUCUUUUCUUUUUUCUUUUUUUUCUUCUUUUUUUUUUUUUUUUUCUUGUAAGGACGACGACGAUAAAAUGCUGAAGCGAUGGAGGGGUGGGGGUAGAAAGGGCUACGCUUGACUCGCAUUAAAUCUUUUUCAUCGUUAACUUAUUUUUUUCGCAAAUAAUUUAGAAAGCGAGCAAGUCACGAUACUUCAUUUCGUUCACGACGUGCGAAGCCAUUCGUGUCCUUUGGCCGUUCUUCUUUUUCUUUUUCGCUCUCUUGUGAGUACGCGAUGGCAUCUCUUUAAAUGACGCUUUUAGGACCAGUAAGAUUAAAGUGAGCAAGAUGCGUCAAAGGACGCGGAAAUAAUUUGAUAUCGUGUAUCGUAGCCCGGUUCAUCCUUCAGAUACAUUCUUUCUUUUUUUUUUUUUUUUCUUUUUUGAUUUCCUCUUUUUGUAGGACAUGCAUACUUUUUGAUUCAGACCAGAAAUUCUGAAUAUAGUGGAAACGUUUUUUACGAAAAGUGCAAGGUAGACGCCUCGUUUCAACGUUUCAUCACCGGGAGAGAAAUCUAGAAGUUGAUCUCACACGCUUUACAUAAAUCUGUCUCGUCGCAGGGUAAAUUUUAGUCGAUUUGAGUAAGGCCAGUUAGUUGUUAUAUAUUUUUCUUUUCUUUUCUUUUCUUUUCUUUUCUUUACUUUUCUUCUCUUUCUCUCUCUGUCUUUUUUCUUUUUUUUUUAUAGAAAUAAAUUACCGACAAACGCACAUAUGUAUCAGGGUCAUAGUAUUUUAAGGAUUCUUUUUGUUUUUUAUUAUUUUUUAUCAAUUUUUAAAUCGCGAACGAUUACUUUAAUAUUAUGUAUUAAAACGAUUAGAUCGCAUCGAAAGUAUCGUACGAAAUGGCAUAGUAAAUAUGAAGACAUUUUAUAUUUUUUUCUUCUUUUUGUAUUUUCUCUUUUUUUUUUUUUUGCACUUUCCUACCCUAAGUAACUUGCUACGCAGAAGACGAUAUAUAAAAUGCGGAACGCAAACGGUAAGAUGGUAAGAUGUUUCGUGCCUGAAAGUUAAACGCAUUAUCGCGUCGAAGAUGUCGAUGAUCGUGAUGGUAUGGGAAUAUACGAGAGAUGAGAAAAGGAGAAGAAGAGGAGAAUGACGAAGAGGAAAAAGAGUAAGAGAGAAGCAGGACGAACGCAUCACCAUUUUUCUCACCCUCGUUCCUCCACGUGCACGUGACAAGCGUUACGUAAAUGUCGCUGGUUUGAGUUUUAUACUCCAUCUUGUUCGCCGACUGAAGUGACAGAUAUAUACUGCCUCGAGUAGGAGGGAAGGUGAAAUUUCUCUCUCUCUCUCUCUCUCUCUCUCUCUUUUUCUCAGUCGGUCCGAGGGGGUCGAGACGGGGGAGCGACAAGAGUCUCGUGCGGAAAGAGUUACUAUCCCUGCUACUCGGUGCUCUUGUCCAAAACUUGAAAAAUAAUUCAGGGCACGGUAAUGUCCUGAAUAUAAAAUUCACGAGGGCGCUCCGGCAAUUUUGUCCUGAAAAGGAUCUCCUGCCUCAAUCGAGUCCUUUUCUCUCUGUCUCUCCUUCCACUUCUCUCUCUCUCUCUCUCUCUCUCUCUCUCUCUCUCUUUCUUCUUCUUUAUUGUUAUUUUUUUUUUUUAACUUUUCAUCGGAACUUCGUUCGUUUUAUAUUUACAUCGAAUGAAAACUGUCGGUCAAUUUUGCAUUGUUCGCCGUUACAACAUGAAACUAACAAUCCUCUUUUUCUCUUUUCCUGUUUGUCUGCUUCCCUUAUUCUCUCGGUAACAUCCUUUCGUAUUUUAAUUAGCGUACGUGUAACAGCGAACGCUCGCCACAGUUUGUCGCUUCCAUUAAACAUAUCGAUUUUCUCUUAGUUCGCAUAACAAGACAACGCGCUCGCGUAAACUUUCGAUGUAGGCCAGGACGUGGACAGAGUUGGCGUGUGAUUAUGCGCGACGAUGGCAGAGCUCGAUCGAACGGAUUGAACGGAGUAUUGGUGAUGAUGAUGAAA